UGCGGCAUUGGCAACAUUGGACGCUCGAUUGUCUCAACGGACAGAACGUAAACACACGAAACGCUCAACAAGAUGAUGAAAAUGAUGCUAGUCGUUGGUUUGCUGCUGCUGGCCGCCGCCUGCUGCACGGCUCGACCCCAGGGCGAUGUGGAGGUGGUCGAAUACGAGUCGGAUAACAUUGGCAUCGGCGGCUACAAGUUCAGCUAUAAGCUCAGCGAUGGCACCACACGCACCGAGGAGGCGGUCGUAAACAAUGCGGGCACCGAGAACGAAUCCUUGUCCGUGCGCGGAUCCGUCAGCUGGGUGGCGCCCGAUGGACAGACCUAUACCAUUAACUUUGUCGCCGAUGAGAAUGGAUUCCAGCCGGAGGGUGCGCACAUACCCAAGUAAUACACACACAAACUGGAUAACCGAUGGAUAAGCUCAUUAUUUGUUUAGUCUCUAAGUUGGUUGUGCUGUGCAUCAGUCAGUCCAUCAUUCCGUCAGUCAGUUAGUCAGUCAGUCAGUCAGUCAGUCAGUGAGUGCAGUUAGUGUCGUGCUUUGUAAUUGUUAAUCGCAUUAAAAUUGAAUUUUGAUAUGUA